CUCUGACAGAGGAGUGUGUGCCCGUGUCACACACACACGGCACAUAACGUGACCUGGAAUUGAUAUUGUAGUAUUGUUACCCUAUAUCAUCUGUACGCAGGUAUACGUGCUUUCCCGAUGUGAGCCUUUGUAAGCGAGGUCUGCUUUAUACACGCACCAAUAUUUCUAACGGGUUCACUUCAUCUUUUAUUUUUAGACAAACCGACACAGCCUUACGAGCACGAGUGGAAAGAAAUAACAAACCAAUCAUCACUUACAAGCUGUACCUAUUUUGUCGACGCUGAGGGCGGGCCCUGAAAAAUCUAGCCGUAGUCCCACUCAUAUUCCUAGGAUGUUACACAAGAACGUAAAACCCCAUCAAUCAAAUAAUAGGAAGACGGCGCGAGUGUUUCCUGUUACUAAACUAUGCUGGCUUUGACUGACAGUUGAUCACACACAAAAUAACUUAAAUUACGAAAGAGACCAUAAAGAAUGGAUAGCUGGUGGAUUGUCCAGCUGGUAUUGGCCACUGUCCUGGCUGUGGUUGUGUGGAAAUUGGUCAAGUUCAAUGUACGGUACCGAGGCUGGUGCAGAGUAGCGAGACAGUUUCAGAAUAUCGGUCCGCUCCAUCCUGUCUGGGGCAACCUGCAUCUGUUCAAGCACACCUAUGACUGGAUGGUGAUAGCGAAGAAGGUAGUCAACAAGGACAAACCUAGAAUUAUCGUCACAUGGAUGACAAACCUGUUCCCUAACUUCUCUAUGGUGCACCCCGACACCGCCAAGGUUGUGUUGAAGGCCUCAGUACCCAAACCCACGGGGGUAGGAUCACCAUACGGGGCGUUUGUGUCUUGGCUUGGGUACGGACUGUUGACCAGCUCGGGCUCCAAGUGGCAGAGGAAUCGACGUAUGCUUACACCGGCCUUCCACUUCGACAUCCUACGUACAUACGUAGACGUCUACAAUAAAUCGUGUGAUAGGUUUAUAAACAAAUUGGAAUCCAUCUCAACGGAAGGAAAAUCUGUUGAAAUAACGAAGCCAACUGCGGUAGCCACCCUUGAUAUCCUGCUGAGGUGUGCAUUGUCCUACGAGUCGGAUAUACAGGAACAAGGGGACAAACAUCCAUACGUUCUGGCUGUGGAUGAGCUAACCCACAUGGCUGCAGACAGGUUCAUAAAUCCGCUCCUUCAAAUCGACGCUGUAUUCCGAUUGACCAGUGCUGGCAAACGUUACUUCAAUCUAUGUGACUAUGUUCAUGACUUUGCCAAUAAAAUCAUCCAGACCCGAAAGGAAACCUUGGAAAACAACCCGUCCUCAACCCAGAAGCGGCGUCUAGACUUCCUGGAUAUGUUGAUCACAACCAGAGACACUGAUGGUCAGGGACUCAGCGACCUGGAGAUUAGGGACGAGGUGGACACAUUCAUGUUCGCGGGUCACGACACGACAGCUUCAGUACUAAGCUGGACGUUUUACUGUCUGGGCAAGUACCCAGAGUAUCAGCAAAAAGUGUUUGAGGAAGUAAGGGAGAUAAUGCAGGACAGAGUUCAGGUCACAUGGGACGACCUACCACGGAUGCAGAUUAUUCAUCUUUUCUUAAAAGAGACCAUGCGGAUGUACACGCCCGUGCCAACUAUCUCGCGCACGCUCAAAGAGCCCCUGGAAGUGGAUGGAGUUAUUCUCCCCGCGUCCAUCGACGUUAUGGUCCAGAUUGAUUGUAUCAACCAUCACCCUGAUAACUGGCCAGACCACGAGAAGUUCAGACUUGACCGGUUCGAAGACCAUGCAUCUAGCGACAAAGAUCCAUUUUCUUAUGUUCCCUUUUCUGCUGGACCAAGAAACUGCAUAGGGCAAAACUUUGCUCUAAAUGAAAUGAAAGUUAUUCUUGCCAAGGUCCUGAACAGAUUUCGUAUUGUGCUUGACGAGGACCACGAAGUCGUAGCACUAGCAGAGGUCGUCAUGAAAGCUAAAGAUGGGAUCAAAGUGAAGCUGCUACCCCGGUAGAAGAGUCUGUUUGGUGUACCUCUCACCAACCAGGUUAAAAAAAGGCGUCAAAAGAAAACCUUGUCUAGGUAGAGCGUCCGUGUGAUGUAACCUCAGUACCCUAACUAAGAACAGAAUCAGAGUUAAACAUUUGCUAAUAGAGUAUUUCGAGAAUGGAUUACAUCAUAUAGCUAUUUCGUCCUUCUAGAAUGCAUCGAUGAUGCAAGGGGAAAAUAAUUAAAAAUCCAAAUUGUCGAAACUUCUGUUAAGGAGUGCUGGUUAAUUUCAAAUCAAAUAAUCUAUAAAGUAUGUAUAGUAUGAACAUUGGCACUUCUCAAUAGAUAUUACUAUGGCUAUCAAGGUUACAGCAAAAACGUGGUAGAACCACUAGUCACUUGACGCCGUCAAUAGCAGGGUAUUGUUGGCUAAACUGUGCUUAAACGUUUAUAUAAUUAAGCAGCGUGUUUCAGUUAGUCCAUUUACUUCAUGUGAUGAGUAGAAUUGAUACGUUAAGCAAUCAAUUCCAGUCGUAAUAUAAAUGGUAUUAGAAUAAAUAAAUCUGAAUAAUUCUUUAACCAGUUUGUACAUGAUAUCCCCUUAACACUGUCAGAUUAUUUUGUAAUGUAUCUGAUUUAAAGAUAAAUAUCAAGGAAAACUAAAAGGGUAUGGAUUGGGGCAAAACGGGGAUGUGGAGGAGAAAUGCCUUCCGAUAAUAGUGUUUGUUUGAAAUGCCAAGGCAAGUUUAGUUAAUUGGCAUGACCUAUACUUGUAUUUGAAAAUAAUUUAAAGGGAAAAGUUAUCGACAGUACAAAACAAAGAUUGAUCGUUCAGAAAAAGUAACCCAGUAAACAAAGGAUUGAUCAAUCUUUUUACAUUAUUAUAAAAAAGAUUUAUUUCUGAAUACUGGAAGUUUCAACAAAACCGUUAUUCGUAAUCAAAGUCAAUACUAUAGAGAAAUAGGAUAUUCAAUAUCUGAAGAAACAGGAAAAUAUAAGAAAUAUGUUUAUACACAUGUGCUGCAAUCUUUACCUGAAAUACCGAACACUGGACUAUGUAAACGGAAGGGUAGAGUACAUGUAGACAUUCCCAGAGAAUUAGGCUAAGUCAUGUUUAAUACCUACGUAUGUUACAGGUGGCAGACAUUUUUCUAUAAAACAUACAUGUAAUAGAACGAAAUGUAACAUACCAACGAACAAGUGAAGCAUUACAAGUAGAGCAAAACAGAGAGACGCAGGUUUUGUGAAGAGGGAAGAGACAACGUUCAACAUUUAUUAUUGAAUAUUGUCGUCAGGAACAAAUGUAUUUUGUGAUUCAUCCAACAAUUUUUAAAUCCUAAUUUUAAAAUAACUUUACAGGAAAUUCAGUAAGUGGUUUGGUUGUUUGUGUGUUUAUGAACUCAAACAAGGAAUGGGAAAUUGAUUUAUAAACAUUUAAUUUAUAUAUGUUAAUUUCGAAUUGCUAAUGUACAUUUUGAAUGGAUUUGGAGUCAGCAUGGACAUGAUUAAAAACUCCGGAAUAUGGUGAGCCAAACAAUGACAUUUCAUUGAUCCAUGGCUGAAAGCUGAUACAUCAAUUAAUAAAAACGGAAUAGAUCAAUAUGGGGAAAUGAUCGAACGAAUGAAAUGAUAAGACUUGUAUAGAACAUAAAGGGACGAUAAAGUGUAAUUUGACAAUGAAUAUAUGUAGCACGUGCAUCAACUCUAUGUACACGUGUAUUUAUGCAAUACUGUACUGGGUGAUAUAUGCUCAAUCAAUUUAGUUUGAUGCUAUAUGUAUGCAAGUUAUAUUAAUUGUAUUUUGUGGAGAAAUACAUUUUGUGCUGA